AUGGCGGCGGAUGAGGGGAGGAGGGGAGGAGGUCCGGCGGUGCUCUUCCUCCACCCGGACCUGGCCUCGUCGGGGGCGGAGCGGCUGGUGUUGGACGCGGCGCUGGCCCUGCGCUCGCGGGGCUGCCGGGUGCAGAUCUGGACGCCCCGCUUCGACCCCGGCGCUGCUUCGCGGAGGCGCUGCCGCUGGGGCGUGAGGACGGCGGGGGGCUGGCUGCCGCGGAGCAUCCUGGGAAGGGGCUGUGCCCUCUGCGCGGCCCUCCGCAUGGCCUGGCUGGCCCUCCACGUCCUCCUCCUCAGCGGAGAGAGCGCAGACGUCUUCGUCUGCGACCAGGUGUCUGCAUGCAUUCCAGUUCUCCGUCUAGCCCGGACCCGCAAGAAGGUUUUGUUUUAUUGUCACUUCCCGGAUCAGCUUCUAACUAAAAGGGAAUCAUUUAUUAAACGUAUUUAUAGAGCUCCACUGGACUGGUUGGAAGAGUAUACAACUGGCAUGGCUGACUGUAUUCUUGUCAACAGUUGUUUCACAGCAAGCAUUUUCAAAGAAACCUUCAAAUCAUUGUCUCAUGUGAAUCCAGAUGUUUUGUAUCCUUCCUUGAAUUUCAAUGGAUUUGAUACUAUCAUUUCAGCCGAUGUAGCUAACAUAGUUCCCAAAAGGAGAUUCUUGUUUCUUUCCAUCAAUAGGUAUGAAAAGAAAAAAAAUCUAGUGUUGGCUUUGGAAGCCUUGCAUGACCUUCGUAGUAGACUUGAUGCUAAGGAAUGGAGUGAAGUUCACCUGGUUUUAGCUGGUGGCUAUGAUGAAGCAGUUCAGGAAAAUGUAGAAUAUUAUGAAGAAUUGAAAACUCUUGCUGCUAAGCUUCACGUUGAAGAGCAGAUCACAUUCCUGAGAUCAUUCUCUGAUGAACAGAAAAUAGUUCUUCUAAGUAGCUGUAUUUGUGUGCUGUAUACACCAAGUAAUGAACAUUUUGGCAUAGUUCCUUUAGAGGCUAUGUACAUGAAAUGCCCAGUCAUUGCAGUAAAUUCCGGGGGACCUUUGGAAUCCAUUGUAAACAAUGUGACAGGUUUCUUGUGUGAGCCUUGUCCAAACGAGUUUUCAGCAGCCAUGGAGAAAUUUGUCAAAGACCCUGCGUUAAAGAGAAUAAUGGGAGCUGCUGGAAGAACCAGAGUCCUAGAAAAGUUUUCAUCAGAAGCAUUCACUGAAAAAUUAUAUCAAUAUAUUCAUAACUUAAUGCAAUAAAAACAAAGUUGUUAUAUAGCA